AUGCAGACUGUCUCAUUGAAAUCACAUUUAAACCUGCUUGAUAAAUUUGGAAUGAUGAUUAGAAAACAAUAUCAUAUCCAAAGCAAAUUUCAAAGAAGUGCUACGAAUCUUAUUACUUUCGUUUCCUCUUCGUCGGCAGCAACUAUACCCGAGGAAGCUCAUGAGAACCAGCCGUAG